AAUUUUUCUGUUCUGCAUUUAUGGCUGCAACUUUGUGUGAGAUGACUACUGAUUUCCAAAAGUUAGAUCACUUUUUGAUGGGAGGCAACUUUAUUCGAUGGCAACGCAAGAUGCACAUCCUUCUCACAACUCUCAACAUUGUUUAUGUUCUCACUGAUGCUCGACCAGAGGAAAAUGAGAAUGAUGAUUAUGUUUACAUGGGUUGCAUCUUAAAUGUUGGAGGAGUCCACUUUGCUUUUCCCAUUUCUUCAACAAUUGGAAAUGUCCGUGUCGGGAUCCACUGUUCAUCUUCAAAACCAAACUUCUCAAGUUUUCUGCCAUUCACCGUGCACUCAUGGUGCACCUACAUUGUUGAGCCACCCAACUUGGGAGGGCUAGCUCAACACUUUCUGGGUUGCUUGCAAAGGUUUUUUGAGCAUAGAGGAGCCAGACCAUGUUGCCAAACUAGCCAGCCCUUUCAAUGCUCUGGCUUCUGCAAUCCUCUCUAUUCCUAUAGACCUGCCAGGUAUACGCCUUUCCGGCGUGGCAUCAAGCCUUCAGGCUUGAUCAGAAAGGAUCUUAUGGCAAUCAUCAAGCGAAGGAAGAUUGAUCUUGCUGAGAACAGAGCAUCUCUAAUGCAAGACAUUCUGUCUCACAUGAUGUCAUUUACCGAUGAAAAUGGACGGUGUUUGCCUUGUACAUCACAAGUCAUCUCAGCACUCUAUUUCCUGCAGAGCAUCGUAAAGAAAUUCUUCGAUACAUAUAUUAUCAUCAGAAUGAAGAUGGUGGAUGGGGAUUUCACGUUGGAAGCCACAAUAGCAUGUUCUCUACCGCUCUUAACUACAUUUGCAUGCGUAUUCUUGGGGAAGGACCUGAUGGUGGUCAAGACAAUGCCUGUGCAAGAGCGCACAAGUGGAUUCUUGACCAUGGCACGUGUCACUUACUGAUGUGCAUUAUGUGCCAAAUAUCAGGAAAAAUCUAGUUUCACGAAGUUUGUUGAACAAAUUUGGUUUUAAACUUGUAUUUGACGUAGACAAAUUUAUUUUGUCCAAUGGUGGGAUUUUUGUAGGAAAAGGCUAUGCUUGUGAAGGUAUGUUCAAGAUGAACAUGAAUAAUAAUACUAAUAAUAAUGGUGUUGUUUCUGCUUAUAUUCUUGACUCAUUUAAUUUAUGGCAUCAUAAAUUAAGACUUGUUAAUUUU